AUGUCUACAAAAUCGUUUGCAAUCCCAGCCACUCAAAAGGCAAUCCGUAUCCACGAGACAGGCGAGAGUCUCGAUGUCCUCAAGUACGAGGAUACAGCAGUCCCUCAAAUCUCAGACGAUGAAGUGCUGAUCAAGAACAAAUACGCAGGCGUCAACUUCAUCGAGAAGUACUUCAGAAUAGGUCUUUAUCCUUCGCAAAAACCAUACACUCUGGGACGUGAGGCCAGUGGAGUAGUGGUCCAGGUUGGUAAAAACGUUCAAGAUUACAAGGUUGGUGACUACGUUGCGUAUGGCUCUGCUGGGACCUUUGCACAGUUCACAAAGUUCAACCCCAAAUCAAAGAUUUAUAAGCUCCCAGAGGAUACAACAGAUGAGAAAUUGCAAUUGUACGGUGCGUUGUUCAUCCAGGGAUUCACGGCCUUGACUUUUAUCGAGGAAGCUUAUAAGGUCCAAAAGGGUGAUUACAUCCUUGUACAUGCUGCUGCAGGCGGCGUGGGCCUCUUGUUGACUCAAUUGAUCAAGUUGAGAGGUGCACAUGUUAUCGCAACUGCAUCCACUGAUGAGAAGCUUCAAUUGGCUAAGGAAGCAGGUGCUGAGUAUCUGAUCAACUCAUCCACCGAUGAUACAGUUGCAAAGGUUAAAGAGUUCACCGACGGCAAGGGCGUUCAAGCGUCAUUCGAUGGUGUGGGAAAGGAUACCUUCCAAAUCUCGCUCGACUCGUUGGCUAGAAAAGGUACGCUUGUGUCAUUUGGAAAUGCCAGCGGUGCUGUUCCACCGUUCUCAAUCUCGACGCUUACAUCGAAGAAUCUCAAAGUUUUGAGACCAACAGUGUUCAACUACUUGGUGACACCGGAAGAAUGGGACUACUACUCCGCAAGCUUGAAAGAGCUCGUGGAGAGUGGCAAGUUGAAGGUGGACAUCAGCAAGGUUUAUUCGUUGGAGGAUUACAAACAAGCGGCUGCAGACUUGGAAGGAAGAAAAACCACAGGAAAGUUGCUGUUGAAGAUCCCAGAAUAG